AGCAAUGAAGAAAGAGACUGAAUUUGUCAUUUUUUUCAUCUAAAGAAAAAUGAUAGACAAAAACCAAACCUGUGUUGCAGGACAGGAUUCUAUGCCCUAUAUGACUUGUCUGAUUCACAUUCUCGAAGAAUGGUUUGAUGUGGAGCAAUUGGAAGACUAUUUGAAUUUUGUAAACUAUCUCUUGUGGGUCUUUACACCACUAAUACUUGUAAUACUUCCUUACUUCACUAUCUUUCUUCUCUACCGUACCAUUAUUUUCUUACACAUUUAUAAGAGGAAGAAUGUAUUAAAGGAAGCCUACUCUCAUAAUUUAUGGGAUGGUGCAAGGAAAACAGUGGCAACUCUGUGGGAUGGACAUGCAGCAGUUUGGCAUGGUUAUGAAGUUCAUGGGAUAGAAAAAAUACCAGAAGAAGGACCAGCACUUAUAAUUUUUUAUCAUGGAGCUAUUCCCAUUGAUUUUUACUAUUUCAUGGCUAAAAUUUUUAUCCUCAAAGGCAGAACUUGCCGAGUAGUAGCUGAUCACUUUGUUUUUAAAAUUCCAGGUAAACUUUCACCAAAGAUACCCAUUAUCCCUAUGUUUACACAAAAUAUUCGAGAAGGAUUUAGAUCACUUGGAGGAACAAGUAAGUUCUGAUUCAUAUGGUUUUUACUUGCAAUAUAUACUUAAAAUACUUGGACUUUUGAACCCUAUAAGGAAUCCUUUUGGAUUAACUUUAGAAAAUGGAUAUAUUUUUUAGAUUUUAUUAUAUAAACCUAAAUGAUAACUGGCUCUAAGCAAUGAUGAUUCUUAGAUGUUAUAUUUUUGUUACAUGUAUAUACGGUGCAUGUAUAUAUAGGAGCUUAUUUGUAAGGGGCUUUUUAAAAUUUCAAAACAAUUUAUCUAAUUAAUACAGUAGUAUUAUUAUAAGAGUAUUAAACCAUGUUGAUGAGGUUUAGAAAAAAUUUUAUAUACUAUCUUUUUAACUCAUCCAUGAAGAAGUUACUGGUUUUAAAAAGGAUGACACUAUGUGUUAAAAUAAGAUUAACAACCUAAGCAGGUAUCAUUUGUUCUGGUUUAUAAUGCCACUUUAAGAACAAAAUAUGUUUUAAAUGAUAAUAUAUUUAACUGAAAGUUCUUUUAUCUACCUUUAAUUUACUGGUUAAAAUAUAAGCUUUUAAUCCAGUUAUAGCAGUGAUAACAAUUGAAUAUGUCUUUUCUUUGCAAAUGUCUGUUUUCUUAUUUUGCAGUUUUCAGUUUAACCUAUAUUGUGUUCAAUCAUUUGUUUUAUAUCCCUAGCACUAUUGUUAGUAUUUGUAUACACAUGAGCGAGUCCUCCUUUGAAGAGCUUUAAAUUGUUCUUUAAUGUCUAAUGUUGCUAUUUGUUCAUACUCUUGUGAUUUUUUAAGUCUUAAUUUUCUUCUUUUUUUCAAAUUUAAAGUAGAAAGGCAGAUUGUUAUAUUUAACUU